AUGCCACCACGAAGGCAGCCACAACGCCAGACACAGGUCGCCGCGUCUUACCUCGACCCAGAGGUCAUCGCGAAGCGCAGAAGGCGCCAUCUCGAUGAGCUCGAGAGAUCGAACUACGCGGAGCCUUCUGCCUCUCUUGCUGGUAUCGAAGAAGACGAAGACGCCCCGGCCGGCCGCUCCGUGAAGGGCAAGGCCCGCCAGUUCGUCAUCUCGGACAAGCGCGAAUGGCCGGGCAUGCCCAAGAAGAAGUCGAGCCACAGCGUCCGCACGGCCGUACUCUACAAGAAGAAUCUCGAGAAGCUUAUUGAUGAAUCAGGCAUAGCGAAUUACCCACCGGAGGCCCCGACGUACCUUAGUGCUGUUGCAUCUCCUCCGAGAGAGCCUCCGCGCCUGAUUUGCUCAGUGUGUGGGUAUUGGGGCAAGUACAAGUGCAGGAAGUGCGCGAUGCCCUACUGCGACCUCAACUGCGAGGGCGUGCACAACGAGACGCGCUGCGAGAGGCGGGUCAUGUAG